GCAGCCCAAUUGUUUAGUUAAUUAAGCCCAAUUCAAUUCAAAACAAGGCCCAAACUUUCUCUCUCUUGAUUUACCCACAGACCCCUCUCUCUGCUCAUUCUUUCCCUUCACGCUAAAACACAGAAAACUUCCCAACUGCCGCCGCCUCCUUCUCCGGCGAGGAUCUGCGCGGCGGACCGCCACUACUACCGCCGUCCGUCUCCCUUCACUGCUCUCUCGGCGGAGCAGCAGCAACUUUCUGCCGCCGCCCCGACUGCCAUCUUCCUCCCUCCCUCAGCACCUCUCACCUCGGCUCUACCCAACUCGACACACGCUGCACUCAACAAUAAGCCUCUGGUUUAGAUUUGUAUUUUCAUAUUGAAUAAACCAAUCUACUACGAGCUGCCACAAUGUUGAGGAAGGGCUUGAUGGAGCAGGAUUUAAGCAAGCUGGAUGUAACAAAACUAAAUCCACUGUCGCCUGAGGUUAUUUCUCGCCAGGCCACCAUCAACAUUGGCACCAUUGGGCAUGUGGCUCAUGGGAAGUCAACAGUUGUGAAGGCCAUCUCUGGUGUCCAGACUGUUCGCUUUAAAAAUGAACUGGAACGUAAUAUUACUAUCAAACUUGGGUAUGCCAAUGCCAAGAUAUACAAGUGUGAAGAGGAUCGAUGCCCUCGGCCUAUGUGUUACAAGGCGUACGGAAGUGGGAAAGAAGAUAGUCCAAUGUGUGAUGUCCCUGGGUUUGAGAACUGUAGGAUGAAAUUGCUUAGACAUGUAUCUUUCGUUGAUUGUCCGGGUCAUGACAUUCUCAUGGCUACAAUGCUUAAUGGAGCAGCAAUUAUGGAUGGAGCUUUACUUCUAAUAGCUGCCAAUGAAAGUUGUCCUCAACCUCAGACAUCGGAACAUUUAGCUGCUGUGGAAAUCAUGCGUCUGCAACAUAUCAUAAUACUUCAAAAUAAAGUUGAUCUUGUUCAGGAAAAUGUCGCCAUCAACCAGCAUGAAGCCAUUCAGAGGUUCAUUCAGGGGACUGUUGCAGAUGGUGCGCCAGUGGUUCCGAUUUCUGCCCAGCUGAAAUAUAACAUUGAUGUUGUAUGCGAAUAUAUUGUGAAAAAAAUCCCAAUCCCAGAGAGGAACUUCACAUCACCACCAAAUAUGAUUGUGAUCAGGUCUUUCGAUGUCAAUAAGCCUGGGUCUGAAGUUGAUGAAAUUAAAGGUGGUGUCGCUGGUGGUAGUAUUCUUAAGGGUGUUCUGAAAGUAAAUCAGUUUAUUGAGGUCCGUCCUGGUAUUGUCGUCAAAGAUGAGAAUGAUAACAUCAAGUGCACCCCUAUAUACUCCAGAAUAGUAUCCUUGUAUGCUGAGCAGAAUGAAUUGCAAUUUGCUGUUCCUGGAGGCCUUAUUGGAGUUGGAACAACAAUGGACCCCACACUUACUCGUGCUGAUAGGUUGGUUGGCCAGGUUCUCGGAGAAGUUGGUUCUCUACCAGAAGUAUAUGUUGAACUAGAGGUUAAUUUCUUUUUGCUGAGGCGGCUGCUGGGUGUCAGGACAAAGGACACAGAGAGGCAGGGUAAGGUGACGAAGCUGACAAAGGGAGAGAUGCUAAUGUUGAACAUAGGAUCUAUGUCAACCGGAGCUCGUGUUGUUGCUGUCAAGAAUGUGUUUGCAAAACUGCAGCUCACUUCUCCCGUGUGCACCAGUAAAGGAGAAAAAAUUGCGUUGAGUAGAAGAAUCGAUAGGCACUGGCGUCUGAUUGGCUGGGGUCAAAUUCAAGCCGGUAUCACUCUUGAUGUUCCGCCCUGCCCCAUCUAAGUGAAUUGCUGCAUUUACAUAUCAACUGAAAAACCACCAGAAAGCAAGGAAGUGACGAUGUUUGUUCCUAGGAGGAGAAAAAGAUUGUCGACAGUUUUGAAUACUUUUAUUGUUUGUGACGAUGUUUAUCCUAUUUUCUUUACUUUUUGGAGUUCA